AACGCUUAUAAAACAACGUCGCGCCGCCUGCAAGCUGAAAUUGAAUCAAGUUCACAUUUCCAUUUGCCGGUGCGCACUGUUCGCAUUUUAUCCGAGUCUAAGAGAAGAUGAGUGAGGCAAGGCCUGUUCGGAGGAGAGAAAGUCCAUGGGGGAUGCCGGAGGGCGAGGAUCGCCAACCUAAGCCUCACAGAUGCAAUGACAGAGCUGAGGAUGUCAUCCAAGCUGUUUUUGAAGGGAACCCGUUUAAGACUGUUCCAGGGCCAUUCAAGCUGUUCUGGCAAUGCAUGCGCUCUAAACCUGGGGAGGAACCAACGGAGCCAUAUACAUAUUUGGAUUUGGAGCCUCCGAAGAGAGAGGUGAAACUUGAGUAAGAAUUCGACAUCAAUCCAUGAAUGUUAAAUUUUCUAUUUUGAUAUACUUGUUUCUUGUGAAUUUUAGAUGAGAACUCAAUAGAUAGAUCAUGCAGUAAAAUGGUUGAUGGGAUAGCAGUAAUAAUGAUUAGGUUGGAACAGCUUGUAAGCUUCCAAACCUUGUUGAAUAUGGCAGAAUUUUUUACAAUAUGUUUUUUUUUUUUGGUCAUGUCGGACACUAUACAACUCUUUUGCAUGCCAAUGAUUGAUGUGAUGUUGGAAUUGCGCUCA